UUGGAAGAGGAAAAUAAAGGGAGGUAGAGAUUGUAAAUGUCUCUUCAGAAAUGGAGAGGGACCAAACCAAACCCUAGAUUUCUUUCUUGUGCAGAUAAAAUUACAAUUUUUUUUAUUCGAUUUCGGAUCCAAAAGAGGGAAAGAUACAAACUUUCUUCGUUUCAAAACUGAGGGUUUGCGUGUAUCUAUAUUUGGAUUUCUUUAACUUAGUUGGAAGCAUUCAUUGAUUGUGCGCUUUAGAAUUGCUUUCUGUGUGAUGAUAUAUAUAUUUUCAUACUUACUUCAGAUCCUGCUCAAUCUCCGAUUCUGUUUAUAAGUUUGAGAUCUUGUGAUAGAUUCUGUGAAUUGUAAAGGGUUUUCAAAAGAAGAGCGUGAAAAUGAUGUCUAGAUCGUAUACCAAUCUCUUGGAUCUAGCCUCUGGUAACUUUCCGGUACUGGGUCAACCCCGUGAAAAGAAGCGGUUGCCUCGCGUAAUGACCGUUCCUGGGGACAUUUCUGAGCUUGAUGAUGAUCAGGCCAAUAGCGUGUCCUCUGAUGUACCCUCUUCAGUGGUUCAGGACCGAAUAAUCAUCGUAGCCAAUCAGCUACCGGUGAAAGCCAAGCGCAGACCAGAUAAUAAAGGAUGGAGUUUUAGCUGGGAUGAGGACUCGUUGUUAUUGCAAUUGAAAGAUGGUCUGCCAGAUGAUAUGGAGGUUAUAUACGUUGGUUCCUUGCGGGUUGAAGUUGAUUUGAGCGAACAAGAUGAUGUCUCACAGCUUUUAUUGGAUAGGUUUAAGUGUGUCCCAGCAUUUUUGCCCCCUGAUAUUUUGUCCAAGUUCUAUCAUGGGUUUUGUAAGCAACAUCUGUGGCCUCUUUUUCAUUAUAUGCUUCCCUUUUCAGUUAAUCACGGUGGACGGUUUGAUCGGUCUCUGUGGGAAGCAUAUGUGGCGGCAAAUAAGAUAUUUUCACAAAGAGUGAUUGAGGUUAUAAACCCAGAGGAUGACUAUGUCUGGAUUCAUGACUAUCAUUUGAUGGUCCUGCCCACAUUUUUGAGAAGAAGGUUUAAUAGAUUGAGAAUGGGGUUCUUUCUCCAUAGUCCAUUUCCUUCAUCUGAAAUAUAUAGGACCUUACCCGUAAGGGAAGAGAUCCUUAAGGCUCUAUUGAAUUCAGAUCUUAUUGGCUUUCACACUUUUGAUUAUGCUCGUCAUUUUCUCUCUUGUUGCAGUCGAAUGUUGGGCUUGGAGUAUCAAUCAAAGAGAGGUUAUAUUGGGUUGGAGUAUUAUGGCAGGACCAUUGGAAUAAAGAUCAUGCCAGUGGGAAUUCACAUGGGUCAGAUCGAGUCAGUUUUGAAACUUGCAGAUAAGGAAUGGAGAGUAGGAGAGCUAAAACAGCAGUUUGAAGGAAAAACUGUUUUGCUUGGUGUUGAUGAUAUGGACAUAUUUAAAGGUGUGAAUUUGAAGCUUUUGGCUAUGGAACAGAUGCUGAAGCAGCAUCCAAAGUGGCAGGGGAGGGCAGUUUUAGUACAGAUUGCUAAUCCUGCUAGAGGAAAAGGGAAAGAUCUUGAGGAGAUACAGGCUGAAAUACAGGCAAGCUGCAAGAGAAUUAACGAAACUUUUGGUCAACCUGGAUAUGAACCAGUUGUGUUCAUUGAUAGGCCCAUAUCCCUUAGUGAAAGAGCUGCGUACUAUACGAUUGCAGAGUGUGUUGUAGUGGCAGCUGUGAGGGAUGGGAUGAAUCUUACUCCUUAUGAGUACAUCGUAUGCAGACAGGGCGUCUUUGGGCCAGAGAAUAGUUCUGAAUCCAGUGGACCCAAAAAGAGCAUGCUGGUUGUAUCAGAGUUCAUUGGAUGUUCUCCUUCGCUCAGUGGUGCAAUUCGGGUCAAUCCCUGGAACAUUGAAGCAACUGCAGAGGCAAUGAAUGAGGCAAUUUCAAUGUCUGAUUCUGAGAAGCAAUUGCGCCAUGAGAAACAUUACAGGUAUGUCAGCACACACGAUGUGGCAUACUGGUCACGAAGCUUCUUCCAAGAUAUGGAAAGGUGUUGCAGAGACCAUUUUAGAAGGCAUUGUUGGGGGAUUGGCUUGAGCUUUGGUUUCAGAGUUGUCGCUCUUGAUCCUAAUUUCAGAAAGUUAUCUAUCGAUGCAAUUGUCUCUGCAUAUUUAAGGUCCAAAAACAGGGCUAUAUUGUUGGACUAUGAUGGAACUAUAAUGCCUCAAACAUCCAUCAACAGGACCCCAAGUCAAGAGGUCAUAUCUAUCAUAAAUGCUCUGUGUAGUGAUGUGAAGAACACUAUUUUUAUUGUAAGUGGUAGAGGAAGGGAAAGUUUAGGCAAGUGGUUCUCUCCUUGCAAGAAGCUUGGAAUUGCUGCUGAACAUGGCUUUUUCAUGAGAUGGUCUGUCGACGAGCACUGGGAGACUUGUGGACAGAGUAGUGAUUUCGGAUGGAUUCAAAUAGCUGAGCCUGUCAUGAAGUUGUAUACAGAAUCAACAGAUGGCUCUUCUAUUGAGACCAAGGAGAGUGCCCUAGUCUGGCAUCAUAGGGAUGCUGAUCCAGGUUUUGGAGCCAGCCAGGCCAAGGAGAUGUUGGAUCAUUUAGAAAGCGUGCUAGCAAAUGAGCCUGUUGCUGUGAAAAGUGGUCAGUUUAUUGUGGAAGUAAAGCCACAGGGAAUCAGUAAAGGUUGCGUUGCAGAAAAGAUCUUUACAUCAAUGGCUGAAAGUGGAAGGCAGGCCGAUUUUGUAUUGUGCGUUGGUGAUGACAGAUCAGAUGAGGACAUGUUUGAGAUCAUUGGCAAUGCAAUAACAAGCGGUGUUCUUUCCUCAAGUACAUCAGUUUUUGCCUGUACUGUUGGACAAAAACCAAGCAAAGCCAAGUACUAUUUGGAUGACACAACUGAUGUCAUAAACAUGCUUGAAGCUCUUGCAGAUGCUUCAGAUUCAGCACCCUCUCCAGGAAGUUCCCCUUGGAAUCAACCUUUGCAGCUUAAUGAAAUUGCAGCUUCCUAAGCAAUCUGGGAAGUAUACCAUACUGGCCUGUAAUUGAAGGUGACAAUCAUUUUGUGCUCUUGUUGCAAGUGACUGUGGAAGGUACAUUGUUUGGCCUGCAGGUUGAUUAUUGUGGCCAAUUGAGAAAUGUUAAGUGAGCUUGGAUUUUGUCUUGUGACAUAAACAGUGAAUUCAACAGUUUGAAACUUGAUUGUCGCCUUGGGAAUGACCAAAUUGUUCUCACGAGCUAAGAGGGGUUAGCGAGAUACACUGGAUUUAUACAUGGAGACUGACUUGGGGUUGUAACAAAUACCAAAAUAAACUUGCAUGUAAACGCCACCUUUGUAGCAUCACUUAUAUCAUGUGGCGGCAUGAAAAUGAAGUUGUAUUCUUGCCUGGAAGUAAUUCAGAUGGUGGGAAGUUGAAGGUUGGGGUGCAAGCAUAAGCCGGUUUCAGCUGGUUGUAAGUUACCCUGUCAAGCAAAUGAUAUACUGGUACUAAUUUUUUCUUUUAAACUUGAGAAUUUUUUUUCCUUUAAUUUCUUUUUAAACUUUGAUCAAUUCCUUUUCUAGUUGAAUCUGUAAAUCUAUACUAAAAUUGGCAAUUUAGUUUGUGUUUGCAUCCAUUGACUGAACAAUUGUACUGUCAUAUUUCUUAGUUCAAAUUUUUUGAAUUCCCAA